AUGACCAGUGUCGCGAAGCCGGCAAUAGCGGCCGCGAACGGGCUGCAGCAGGAGCAGACAACGGCGCUCCUCACUCUCCUGAACCUCAAUAAUCCUCCAGAGCCAGACUUCAAUCCUCUCGCGUCCGGAUCCUCGGGGAAAACGUCUGGCGGCUCUGCAAUACAGAUACCAGCUGCAACUGGUCCGCCGGUCUGGAAGGUCCUCGUACUAGACCAGCAGACACAGGACGUCCUUGCUACUGUGCUACGCGUCCAGGACUUGCGAGAUGUCGGUGUAACACUACACGUGCAGCUUCAUUCUGCUCGUCCCGCGCUUCCCGAUGUUCCCGCCGUGUACUUCGUUUCGCCCACGCUCGCUAACAUCAAGCGUAUAGCGGAGGACCUGGACAAGGGUCUUUACGAGACGUUCCACCUCAACUUUGUGGAGCCUGUAUCACGAGCUCUACUGGAAGAGCUUGCUGCUAUGGUCGCAAGGGACGGCACAGGGGAACUGAUUAAACAAGUGCUGGACCAGUAUCUAUCAUUCAUUUGCCCUUCAUCUUCUCUCUUCUCCCUUCUUCCUCCUCCGAAACCUGAGCAUUCGCAAUCCGCCGCGCCUUUUCCCCCCGCACAAUCCACCAGCUAUCACAUCCUCAACUCACCACGGUCAACUGAACAAGAAAUAGAAGCCGAAAUUGAACGAAUAGCUACUGGGCUAUUCAGCGUGGUUGCGACAACAGGUCACGUUCCUGUUAUCCGCGCACCGAAAGGAAACGCUGCCGAGACCGUCGCGAAACGUCUAGAGCAGAAAAUCCGCGACGCCAUACUCUCUGCAGCUCGCGCACCGCCAGGAACAACCACUUUAUUCUCUCAGGAUGCCACGGGCCUUUCCAAUCUGCAACGACCACUUCUCCUAAUCUUAGACCGCAAUGUUGACUUGGUGACAAUGCUUUCACACGGGUGGACUUACCAAGCUCUCGUUUCUGAUUGCUUGGAAAUCAAACUAAACCGUGUCACGGUGCCGAAUCCCGAAGGACAAGCGAAAGGCAAGAAAUCCUACGAUUUGGACUCGAAGGACUUCUUCUGGUCAAAGAAUGCGGCGAAUCCGUUCCCCCAGGUUGCGGAAGACAUCGACACGGAACUGAACCGGUAUAAGAUGGACGCAGCAGAGAUCACCCGUAGCACGGGUGUCAGUGAUAUGGGUGAUAUUGCACAGAUGGACCUUUCUUCCAACGCCGCACACUUGAAGACCGCGAUCACGGCGCUCCCAGAGCUAACAGCACGGAAGGCCACUCUGGAUACGCAUAUGAACAUCGCGACCGCGUUAUUAGAGCAAAUAAAAACUCGUGGCCUGGACGAGUUAUUUUCCAAGGAGGAGGCUGUUACAAAACAGACUGUCGCUACUAUACUACAACACUUGCGGGCCCCUGAAGGCGAUGCCCAUCCCACACCCGCCGACAAACUGCGCCUCGUUCUCGUCUUUUACCUCUCCUUACCAGACGGCGCAAUCUCUAAAGAGGACGUCGCUGAGCUCGAGAAGGAGUUGAAGAAUGCAGGCGCGGACGUUGCAGCUUUCGAGUACGUGCGGAAGACUCGUGAGAUCUCUCGCAUAACGAUGUCCGUCCCUGCGGCGGGAGGUUCUUCUACCCCAAUGCUUGGCUCUGGUCCACAAGGUGGCGAGUUCUUCAGGGGUUUCAGUGCCUUGGGAAAUCAGGUUACGAACCGACUCGGUAACGUUGGUGGACUCAAUAACCUUAUAUCCGGCGUCAAGAACUUCCUGCCUGUCAACAAGUUAUGCCCGGUGACGAGGCUCACGGAAGCGCUCAUGGACUCGUCGGCAGCCUCCAACCAGUCGUUGCAGGAGACCGACGACUACAUCCUCCUUGAUCCUCGCGCUCCACGAAGCGCGAAUGUCGGGAUGCCCGGCGGGCCCGCCGCGAGGCCGAGGCGCAUGGCGUUUGGGGAGGGCAUCGUGUUUGUCGUGGGUGGCGCAGGCUACGUCGAAUACGGCAAUGUGGAAGAGUGGGCCAAGCGAACCGGUAAGCGCGUCACCUACGGUGGCACGGAGAUCUUGGACCCGGGGGGAUUCUUGUCCAUCUUGACGGAGCUGGGCAACGCGCCCUAG